AUGGGUUCAACUUUCUUCUACAUUAUUCUUUGUUUCAUCGCGCUUACAAUUGUUGCUGCCUCCGCUGAGGAAUUCAAAGUUGGUGAUGCUGUGGGUUGGCGUCAGCCAAGCCAGAAUGAAACAGAUCUCUAUAAUCAUUGGGCUUCAAACAAGAAAUUUCACAUCGGUGAUUCACUUCGUUUCGAGUACAGGAAUGACUCGGUUAUUAAAGUGGCCAAAUGGGAAUUUUAUCAUUGCAACAGAACUCAUCUAGCCUCGGCCGGUAAAGACGGCACCAGAACAAUGAAUCUCAACAGGGCAGGCACGUUCUACUUCGUGAGCGGCGAUCCGGAACAUUGCAAAAAUGGCCAGCGUUUAGCCGUUGAAGUUCUACCACUACAUCCAAUUUCGGAAUCUCCGCCGCAACCAUUUUCUCAGGCGCCGGCACCAUCGCCGCUGUCAUUCUCGGCGUCGGUUUCUUCAGCAGUUCCGUUGGCGUUCAUUUCGGCGUUGUUGAUUUCUGUUAUUGUUGUAGCGAUUGCUGGGUUAGCAUGA